UUCUCUUUAGCAACAAACACCCUAAUCCCAAAAAAAAAAAUGUCGGGAGGCGAAGCUAUUCCAGACAACCCGCCAGCAGACAGAGAGCCGCCGAGUGAGUUGGAAUCCGGCCGCCGCCUCCGACGACUCCCUGGCCAUGGCGGGCGUCACGACUUGAUCAAGGAUGGAGUGGGUUGGGGGCUGACGGCGCGGCUCGCGUUCCAGAGCUUGGGAGUGGUUUACGGCGACAUCGGGACGUCGCCGAUGUACCUCUACGCGAGCACGUUCAGCGACGGGAUAAAGCACGACGACGACGUCCUGGGCGUUCUGUCGCUCAUACUGUACACCCUCACCUUGAUCCCGCUCGUCAAAUACGGCUUCGUCGUCUUACGCGCCACUCAUAAUGGAGAGGGUGGGACGUUUGCAUUAUACUCGCUCAUAUGCAAACACGCGAGGGUGGGGCUUCAGGGUCAACCAACAAUAGAGGAUGAGGAAGACGAGGAAGACGAGGACCAGAAAAAUGAGGUGUCGAAGGAUGCUCGAGAAAUGGCUUCGAGGCUCAAAUCGAAGUUAGAAGACAGUCAAUUCGCAAAGUACGCGCUUCUCGUCGCAUCGAUGUUUUGCGCUGCCAUGGUCAUCGGAGACGGAGUUCUCACUCCUUGCAUCUCAGGUGUGUACAAAUUGAUAAAUAAAGCAUCAUGUGCAGUUUUGUCAGCGGUGGGUGGUAUCAAGCAGACUAUAGAAUCCAUGACGCAAGAGACGGUGGUGGGUAUCUCGAUAGUCAUACUGAUUGGCUUGUUCGCGGCACAGAGAUUGGGCACCGAGAGGGUGGGUAGCUGUUUCGCGCCGGUCAUGUGCGUGUGGUUCGCAAUCAACGGUGGGAUCGGCCUGUACAACCUCCUGAAGUACGAUCCAUCGGUCGUCCGAGCUCUGGAUCCGAGGUACAUCGUCCGUUACUUCAGCAGGAACGGGAAGGAGGCGUGGAUCUCCCUCGGCGGUGUGGUCCUCGCCACCACGGGCAGCGAGGCGAUGUUCGCCGACGUCGGCCACUUCUCGGUUCGGGCCGUGCAGCUGAGCAUGUGCGUCGUCGUGUACCCGGCACUCGUCCUCGCGUACUUGGGGCAAGUCGCCUUCCUGACCAAGAACCCACACCUGGUGGCUGAUGCCUUCUUCAAAUCCAUCCCUGGGACACUUUACUGGCCAGUGUUCGUGGUGGCUAUUCUGGCGUCAGUGAUAGCUAGCCAGGCGCUGAUUUCAGGGACGUUCUCCAUCGUUCAGCAGUCUCACUCGAUGGGCUGCUUCCCUCCGGUGACGAUCGUGCACACUUCGUCGAAGUCCCCCGGCCAGAUCUACGUGCCGGAGGUGAACUGGCUGCUGAUGGUGGCCUGUGUCGCGGUUACGGUUGGCUUCCAAACCACCGCCGGGAUUUGCAACGCAUACGGGAUGGCAGUGGUGAUGGUGAUGGUGAUCACCACCUCCUUCCUCGUACUGAUCAUGGUGAUGAUCUGGAAGGUAAACUUGCUGCUAGUCGUCUCCUUCGUGGCCACCAUCGGUACAACGGAGCUAGCGUACUUAACCUCAGUCCUUUACAAGUUCCCACAAGGAGGCUACCUUCCGUUGACUUUCGCCGGCGUCUUGAUGCUAAUCAUGUACACGUGGAGCGACGUCCAGAGGAGGAGACACCACUACGAGCUCCACCACCGGAUCUCACCCGACGAGGACUCGAUCGGCGCCGGAGCCACCACCCACCAGAGCUUGAGCAGGCUCCCAGGGAUCGCCGUUUUCCACUCCGACGGCGAUCCGGCGCCUCUCCACGGGAUCCCGCCGGUUUUCAAGCACUACGUGGCCAACAUCCCGGCCCUACACUCGGUCGUGGUCCUCGUCUCGAUCAGGACCGUCCACGUGGCCAGGGUUCGGGUGGAGGAGAGGAUGACGUUCAGCCGCGUGGGCCCCCCGGAGAUGAGGAUGUACCGGUGCGUGGCGAGGUAUGGGUAUGAGGACGGGAGGAGGAGGAGUGGGGAGAGUGGACACGUGGCGUUCGAGGAGAUGCUGGUGAAGGUCCUGAUGGAGUUCGUGAGAGCGAACGCGAUGGGGCUCGAGUUGGUGGAAGAGAUUGAGGUGAUCCAGCGAGCUUGGGACGAUGGGGUGGUCCACUUGAUUGGGGAGUAUGAGAUGAUUGCUGGGGAAGGAUCCGGGUUUUGGAAGAGAUUACUAGUUGAUUGGGGUUACAGUCUUUUGGGAAAGAUCGUGUGGCGGCGGAGCGGUCCGAGGGUGUUUGAUCUGCCCUGUAGUAGGACAGUUAGAGUUGGGAUGACUUAUCAGCUCUAGUACUUGAUCUUAAUUAAAGAAACAAAGAACUUAAAUUUACCUACCUUUAUGUAAAGGGUGUCUAUUUUCUUUGUUUGUUAUGGUAAAAAUGCUAGUUGUGUAUGGUUUGGGUGGUUUAGGGGUUGUUUGGAAGUUGUGAUUCUUCAAAUUGAUGUAUUGGAUCAAUUAGUGUAUUAUCAUUUGAUGUAUUGAAUCAAUUGAUGUAUUAGAUAAAUUAAUACUUUGUUU